AUGAAGUUGUAUCAGUCCCUCCUGGUCGGCGCCACGGCCGUCUGCGCCCUCGACACGUUCUCGGUAAAAGUCCUGGUCGACACCAAGACCUCGCAAUGCGAACUCAUCGAGUCGGUCCAUUUGACCCAGCUGCACCGCGCCAUUCAAAGCACGACCGACACGCUUGAAAUCGUCACUGGACGUCAAAAUCUGCCCACCGCCGACGAAAUAAUCCUCCCCCAACGAGGGGAUGCAACGUCCCAAAAGUUUGUCGAGAUUUUGGGGGGCAGCACCAACGCUGUGUUAAGCCACCUGCGCCGCCGGUGCCCCCAAGGCGCGCUGCAGUCCAACAACGUCGAAAGAGCCGAAGCGGCGAGGGUGGCGGCGCCCCCCGUCGUGCGUCGCAUCGUCAACUCUGGCGACCCCAAGAACCGUAUUGACAUCGUGUUCAUGGGCGACGGCUACACGGCGUCAGAAGACUCGCGCUUCUUCAGCGACAUACAGCGGCUGACGGACGAGAUGUUCAAUGGCGACACGUUCACCCAGUACCUCCCCCUCUUCAACGUGUGGGCCGUCUACGUGCCAUCGAACCAGUCGGGCAUUGGGGUGGGAGGCAAGCCCCUGGACACUGCCUUUGGACUGUACCGGUCGGGGACUCAACUGCGGGGCAUUUUCACACGCAAGACCGCGUACGCUCGCGAAGUAUGCAAAGUAACUGGCGACAGUGCGUGUGACUUUCCGUCGCUGAUCGGGAACGACGAUUACUACGGGGGUCUCGGGGGCGAGUUUGUCAUUGGCACUCGGUCGCCGACCACGGGCACUGUGGUGCUGCGUCAUGAGAUGGGUCACAACUUUGGCAAAGUCGGCGAAGAAUACGACGGAGGGGGUGCGUACGUCGGGGCGAACUCGGCGCCGUCCGUGCAGGGCGUGACGUGGAAGCACUGGUUGACCAACCCGUCCCGAUCUCCGAGAAGAAAAAGCUGUGAUUUCGUACCAAAGGUCAAGUUUAAAUCUACUGGCACCUUUAAGCGUUGGGGCAUUUACUUAUCUGUGACGGGCGCCGACACCCAGGACUCGAUCACGAUCACGUUGGAUGGCAAGCCGUUGGAAUGGACGACGCGGGGGACGCAGGACCGGUCGUUUUCCGAAUACAGGAGCACCUCGGGGGGGUUCUCCCCUGGCGACCACGUGCUGGAAGUCACGGGCUACGGAUCGUUUGUCGGUCCCAUUGCUAAGCAACUGUGUAGUGUCGAAGUGUACGAGUACGGCAACGAGGACGAGUUCAAGAUGGACGACCCAGAGUACAUUGGCGCGUACCCGACGUGGGACGGCUACAAUGUCAAGACGAUCCGCCCCUCCAACGAAAAGUGUUUGAUGCGCAACAUGACGUCGCCCCAGUUUUGCAACGUGUGCCAGGAAAACAUGUGGCAGCAGUUUUUGAGUCGUGUGACGUUUAUCGACGACAUUGUCAUAAACGGCAAGGACGUAUCGCUCAAGCUCAUUCCGCUGGGCCAACUUCGUCCGGUUGUGAUUCCGAACGAACGAUACUCCAUCCAGUGGUUCAACAACGGCCAAGAAGUCACGACUUUCGAAGACAAGUUUACCGUGGACGUGUCGACCGUGGCUGGCGCAACCAAAGACUGGACGGUCAAAGCCACACUGUUCACCCCCAAGGUGCGCAAGGACUCGAAGAACGUCAUGUCCGUCGAGCGCAACUUCACCGUGAACACGACGUUUACACCGGUCCCUACAUCCACCACCACUCCUGCCCCCACAACUACGGCUACCUCCGUCACCCCUACUACAACUACCAAGGCCCCCGCUACUCCAUCCCCUACCACAAGCCCCGUGACCUCUACCCCCUCCCCUUCAACGACGGCUGCCACCGCCAAGCCCCCGUCACCCGCCCCGACGACGGCAACGCUGACGCCGACCACGUCAAAGCCCCAAUGUUAG